AUGACUACGACGCUGCGUGACGACUACGACGCUGCGUGGGGUCUGUGGUGCUGCGUGACGACUACGACGCUGCGGGACGUAUGUGGUGCUGCGUUACGACUACGACGCUGCUGGACGUAUGUGGUGCUGCGUGGCGACUACGACGCUGCACCUUUAACCGUUAGAUUUCUGACACGGAGAUUUAUUGGUGAAUAUGAAAACUCAGCAGAUUACAAAUAUCGUCACAUGAUGUCACUACGAGAUGAAAUUGUGCACUUAGAGGUACUCGAUGCUAGAAGUGAGAACGACCUAUCCAAUGACGUCAUACGCUGGGCUGACGGAGUAUGCUUGGUAUACUCUAUUACAGAUUUGUCAAGUUUCUGGACGUUACGGACUUGGGCGCAUAAAAUAAGAGAGUGUCGAAAAAACUUAGUCUGUGAGUUCAUUCUUGUGGGAAAUAAGCAAGAUCUCUCUCACUUUAGAAAAAUCAGCACAGAGAACGGAAGAGCACUUGCCUCCGAACUCGGAUGUUCCUUUUUUGAAGUAUCUGCGGCAGAAGAUUAUCAAAGUAUUUGUGAUGCUCUAUGCAAACUUUACCAAGAAGUAACAUUAUACAAAAACAGGCGAAAAAUGUCAAUAUUUGGCAGAGUAUUCAAAAACUCGCACAAAUGA